UGCUUUUACUGCAGCAGGAGUGCGUAUAGAGCUCAGAGCGGAGAGCGCGCGGGGGCACGAGCGACACUUUUACUGAUUUGGAUCAUUAUUUUGGAAUAGUUCUGGGAUAGACAGCAGCUACCUGACCCAGCAUGAAGUCUCCAAAGAUGAAGUCUCAGAGCAAGUCCUUUCUGGAGGAGGACGAUGACCUGAACGCCGUGCUGUGCGAGUUCGACGCCGUUAUCGAGGACUUCACCUCCCCCAUCGAGAAGAGACACUUCAGAUACGACGAGCACCUCAAGACCAUGAAGAGGAGGAGCAGCGCCAGCGUCAGUGACAGCGGCAUCAGCGACUCAGAGAGUGCAGAAUCACUCAACAGAAACAGCUUCAGCUUCAGCGACGAAAAGCUCAACUCUCCCACUGUCUUCUCCCCGUCACCAACCAGCCCUUUAGCCAUGUCACCCAAACCUAAACUUGGCGACACAAAAGAACUGGAAGACUUCAUCGCUGACCUUGACAAGACAUUAGCAAGCAUGUGAGCUGGAGUCGUAACGGCAGCGGGGUCCAGCCAAAGGUGGCCCCACCACGAGGGACAACAGCCAGGCAGCAGGACACACACUGGACUGCUCUUAGCCUGGACAUGGCAUAGGCUAACAUGUUGAGAGCUUUGAUAUAACUCAAAAAGACUGGAAAAAUAUCUCUUUCUCUCUAUUCUUAUAUCUCUUACACACACCAAUACACACACACGCACACACAGUACAUAUCCACACUGUCAGGACUGGUUUGUUCUCCCUCUGGAAAACUUGAGCUGGAAGAUUAUUUAAAUGGCUUUUUAUAGAACUUUAUUUGUAAUUGUAUAGCGGAGGUUAAUGUAAAUUUACACAGUAAUGCCUUUUUGUGAAUAUAUAUAAAUAUCUAUAUUUUUUGUAUUUGUUUGUAAAUAUGAACUGUUUCAAAGUCUAUUGCCUUGUAAUAAGAAGCUCUUCUGUUUUGGGUGAUGCAUUAUUAAAUGAGUUUAGUAUCAUGAGCUUAACAUGAAUGUGAACUUAAUUUUUAAUUCACUAGAAAAGAACUGGAAAGCAACAUUAAAGUGUAUUUAAUACACAAACCAGAUAAUAAAAUGGACAAACUGUGACUUUA